GACUCCCUAAACAUUCAAAUGAUUUUCUGGCGAUAUCCCGUCACCGUUUCAGACAAUGGCUGAUACGAUUGCGAAAUUCCGAGAUAUUUUUGGUCAGAUAGAUUCGUGUUCCCCUCUUACAGAUUCGAUAGUUCAGACCUAUCUUUAUGAGGCAGAAGGAAGAUCCCCUCCUGCAGGGCUACAUAUUUGGAAAGGUAUCUCCCAAAGCUUGUGGACACACACAAGGUAGGAAAGUGGUGUCAAGAGAGGAGGCAGUGAUGAGGAUAAAAGCAGCUGUGGAUGCAAGGAAGGAGAGUGGAUCUGACAUUGUGAUUGUGGCCAGGAGUGACUCUCAUCAAGCUGAUUCUAUGCAAGAAUCAUUAUGGAGGGGGAAAGAUGCCCAUACUAAGUCCAAAGUAUUGGAUAUUAUCCACUUUCCUUGCUUGGGGUGCCUAUCCGAGCAAUGCAGCUGUUACAGGAGCACUAAUAAAUCUAGGACAAGCAUCUGUCCACAAAUCAACCCUAAGGAACUAGUAACAGACUUUGCUAGUGCGUGGGCCACACCAUUCGCAACACGCGGAAUGGCACAACAAGAACCACCACCAACAGCAGCUAAGAGAGAAAUAAUCUCCUCAACAAUCGGUUUAUACAUAAAAAUAGAAUUUGGAAAAGUAAUCCAAGAAUUAACAACAGAAGAAUCCGUCUCCACUCUCACCAACUUGUAGCCCAGCAUGGACGCCCACCGCAACUCAACACGCAUAGCCAAAAGCUCAGCUAUCGCAACCUGAAACUCCCCAACCCCACCCACCGCCCAGGCCACCCACACCUCACCAUCCCCACCUCGAACGACCCCCCCAAACCCAGCAAACCCCCUACCCAGAGUAACCGCCGCAUCAACAGACAACUCAAACUCGCCUCGCAAAGGAGGACACCAUCUACGAGGCACGACCGAACCACCAGCAACCCCACUCCUCAAUACAGCCCCCUCAACCCCCACACCAGCCCCUUGAAAUUCAACCAAUGCCUCGUGCGCAAGCUCGACAAUCCCACACAACUGCGAUUGUUUUUGUCCGAACAAGACAGAAUUACUAUCAUACCACACCCACCACCACACCCUUAAAAUCAACUCAAACUCCUCCUUGCUACAUCGAAAAACGCUACUAGUUACAUGACUAAAAUUGACAUAUUUCUUAGCAAUCGUUGAUUCCACAUCAAAAUAUUCAUAUUAAAAAAUAAUAACCAAAUAUUUUGGUUAUUACAUUAGAAAAUAUAUUACACAAUCAGCCUUUACUCUUUAGUAAGAAUAAUAAGCCUAAGCCCAAUCCCAAAGUAAGCUAAAGUUCAAAUGGUAAUAUUCUUGGACUUCACUUUGGCGACUAUAGAUUCAAAUGUUUAUGCUAUUAAUUCUCUAACUAUUACUCAAGUGUAUCUCAACAAACCAUGUGUCAAGCCUAUGUAUUCUUCUUAUUCAACUCUAAUCUCACUUAAUGCCACAUGUAUAAGACCACUCCAAGAAACACUUAUCUCUAAUUUAAAAAUUGAUUACUACUACUACUGCUCAAUAUUAUCAUUAA